AUGAAGACUUUAUGUUUCUUUCUUCAUAUCAGUAGAAAUAUGCAUCAAGGAAACCAAACCACCAUCGCUGAAUUCAUUCUCCUGGGAUUUGUACACCAGGAUGAGCAUCAAAACCUCCUCUUUGUGCUUUUCCUGGGUAUGUACCUGGUCACUGUGGUUGGAAACGGGCUCAUCAUUCUGGCCAUCAGCUUGGACACUUACCUUCACACCCCCAUGUAUCUCUUCCUUGCCAAUCUAUCCUUUGCUGAUAUUUCCUCCAUUUCCAACUCAGUCUCCAAAAUGUUGAUGAAUAUUCGAACCAAGAGUCAAUUCAUCUCUUAUGAGAGCUGCAUCACACAGAUGUACUUUUCUAUUGUGUUUGUCAUCACUGACAAUUUGCUCCUGGGGACUAUGGCCUACGAUUGCUUUGUGGCGAUCUGCCACCCUCUGAACUAUUCAACCCUCAUGCAGCCCAUGUUCUGCAUUUUGCUCACAGUCAUCCCGUGGCUCCUCAGUAAUAUUAUUGCUCUGACACACACCAUUUUGCUCAUUCAGUUGCCCUUCUGUGACCACAAUACUCUCUCCCACUUCUUCUGUGACUUGGCCCCUCUGCUCAAACUGUCCUGCUCAGACACAAUAAUCAAUGAGCUUGUGCUGUUUAUUGUGGGUUUAUCAGUUAUCAUCUUCCCCUUUGCACUCAUCUUCUUCUCCUAUGCCUGCAUCAUCAGAGCUGUCCAGAAAUCUUCUGCACAGGGAAAGUGGAGAGCCUUCUCCACUUGUGGCUCUCACCUCACAGUUGUAUUACUGUUCUAUGGAACCAUUGUAGGUGCGUACUUUUUUCCCUCCACUCACCCUGAGGACACUGAUAAGACUGGUGCUGUACUUUUCACUGUGGUGACACCCAUGAUGAACCCCUUCACCUACAGCUUGAGGAAUAAGGAUAUGAAAGGUGCCCUGAGAAAGCUCAUCAAUAGAAAAAGUUCUUCCCUUUGA